UAGUUCAAAAAGAGGAUCCAUGGCCCCCGAGGUCACACAGCAGCUGGCCUACAUCCUGUGGGUGCUCCUGGCUUCAGGCUCCUGGGCACAGGAGAUAAAGUUGCUUCAAACACUGGAGGGGGAGACCAUCUCUGUGAGAUGCCAGUAUGCACCCUACCAACAGUCACUGCUGAAGAGCUGGUGUUGGCACACCUCCAUCUAUUUCUGUACCAUCAUCGUGGACAGCUUCCAUAAAGAGGCUCCGGCCCUUCGAUCCUCCAUCAAGAUUUUCCCACAGUCUCAUUACUUCAUCGUCACCAUGACAGGGCUCAGGGUCACAGACUCGGGGAUCUAUUCCUGCCAAGUCUCGGAUAAUUCCCUGAGAUCUUUCGCUCUUCUCCAAACCAUUCGCCUGGUGGUAGCUAAAGCUCCAGCCAACACCAGUAGAAUGAGAAUGACCACAGUCCCAGCCUCUGCUACCAGCCCUGUGUUUGAGAGCCCCCCUCCUCCCAACUGGAAGAUCCUCAUUGCUGCCGUGGUGGUAACCGGCCUGCUGCUGCUGGGGCUGGCUCUCCUAGUGGCCCUGUACCUCAGGAAAAGGCGAAGAAGAGCCGGGAAAGGCGAGAAUGAAUCCCACCACGUCUAUGAUGAUAUUCCAGUGCGGAAGGAAGAGCCCCCGGGCUCUGAUCGGCGGAUCGUCUCCGAUGAGGACACGGGGAACCUCUGCUAUGCUUCACUCAUCCACUCAAACCCACUGGGCUUUCCAGAGUCCAUCAAUGCCAACACUCACCCUGCCCAGAAGCCCAUGCCUGACCCUCUUCGGUUCGUGGAAUACACCAGCAUUGCCAGAAGCAGACCACAGCGCCCCCUAUCUGCUGCCCCAGAGGAGGCAUCAAGGAAUCAAAGGCAGAAUUCCCGGGACAGAGAGCAGUUACCAAAUGCUCACUAGGU